UCCCGCCCUUUCCCUCCUCUUCCCCAUUAAAUCCCCCCCAAAUCUCCAAACCCUAACCCUAACCCCGUACCAACCACCUCCUCUCUCUCUCCCUCUCUCUCUCUCUCUCUCUCUCGCGCUUGCUCUCUCGCCAUGAAUCGGCGCCUCCGAAGCCCCAAUCGCAAGCCCUCGUCGCGGAUCGAGGAGCGGCUCCACCGGUUCCUGAGACCAGGAGCCCUAGCUCGGAUCCGCGACUCCAAGAUGAGCGCCCGAUCCCCGCGAUCCAUCCCCGUCCCCCACCUCUCGCCGCCGCCAUCGCCGCCGCCGUCCACUCCGGCGGCGGCGGCCGCCGCCGCCCAGGUUGAUGGCGUCCCUUGCUUCUCCCCGAGGGCCUCCGGCCCCCGGAAUCCUAGGCGGAAGAAGCUUGCGGCUUCGAAAUCCGUCUACUUCGUACCGCCGAGCCCCGAGAUCUCGGAUCUGUUCAUGGAUUCCUUUGGUUCGGAUCUCGUCGCCGCUCAUUGAAAUGGGAGAGAAGGGACUUGAUUAUGUGCAGAUCUUAACUUUUUUUUUUCUUUUCUUCAUUGCCUUUCCUUCAUAUGUGAUGAUUUGGAUGGAUCGGAGGCGGAUAGACUUGUAUGUUUACAAAUUUCAUGCAUGAUGAGAGUAGGAUUUUAGGGGUUUAUUGUCCUUGUUUGUGUUUGUGAGAUGGGGGAAAUAGGCAAAAUGUGAUUUUUGUGUAGACUUGGAAGAUGAUUUGAUGCAUGUUGUUCAAAUGAAACCAACUCAGAUCCACUUCCCUGUACCAAUCAUUUUGGAUUGGGUUUUGGGCCUUA